AAAUGAGUGUUUUCCUAUCCACAAUUAUGUGAUCCUAAUUGCUCCCCAAGGAAAUCAUUUGACCAUUUCAAUGAUCAGUCUCAAGUGCUGUUUUAUGGAAAUUUCCCUUCCUACUCAAUGUAUAAGAUAAUAAUAAAUAAAGCAACUUCUACGUACCAUUCAAAUUGAUCUAUUUUCUUCACACUCUUCUCACACAGAUAUGGCAAACUCCAUAAACAAAAACAUUUACACAAAAAUGAGCAUACUAUCUCUCUUUUUGCUAUUGUUCCCUCUAAUUGCUUACUCAUACAACCCUGAUUACAAUUUAGCUAUCGAUUGUGGCUCCCUAACAGACACUACUACCUUAGAUAAACGAAUUUGGAUUGGUGAGAAUAUUGAUAACAAAAAUAUCUUUACUUUCAUUGAACCAAAAACCACGAACCCAUCUCUUACAACACCACGUAGUUCCCUCUCAAAUACUCAAAUUCCAUUCACAACCGCACGUAUCUCUCUCUCAUAUUUCACAUACUCAUUUUCUAACAUCACUACUUCCCCUGUUUUUAACCGCCUUCAUUUUUACCCUACUUCGUAUCAAAAAUUUGAACCCUCAAAUGCACUUUUCUCUGUUGAAGUAAACAACAAACUUACACUUCUUAAAAACUUCAAUCCUUCACUUUGGAUUCAUGAUGAUGGGGAAACAAUCACCAAAGAAUAUUGCAUCCAAGUCCAACCGAAUAAGAAGCUAAACAUAACUUUCAUUCCCAACAACACAAACCAUUCAAAUCCUUAUUAUGCUUUCAUUAAUGGAAUUGAAGUUGUGUCUAUGCCUUCUUUUCUCUAUUACUCAAACCUCAAUGCCCCAAAUUAUGACUUCAAAUCACUUGACUCAGACAACAAAGCUCUGGAGACAGUUUAUAGUGUCAACGUUGGUGAAAAUCAAGUUCCACCAAACCUAGAUACUGGUUUGUUUCGUAAUUGGGAUAACGAUUAUCCUCGUUACUUAGAGAAACAAUAUCCACUAAGUGUAUCAAGUGAUUUUGUAAAUCAUCUCAACUAUAAAAACAAUACAAUUCCAAAUUACAUCGCACCAGAAGCUGUAUACCUAACUGCGAGAAGUUAUGGAAUGAAUGUCACAGAGGAUUACAAUGUAACUUGGAAUUUCGAAGUUGACUCAACAUUUACUUAUAUGGUCAGGUUACAUUUUUGUGAAUUUGAUUGGCGUAUCAAGGAUAAAGGUGAUAGAGUUUUCCAGAUAUUUAUACAUGAUUUCUUGGCUGAACCAAAUGCUGAUGUGAUUUCAUGGAGCAAUGCUCGUUUGAUUCCUGUUCAUAAGGAUUAUGUUGUGACUAUGCACUCUGAAGAAGGAAGCACUCAAAUUGAAAGAGUUAAUCUUACAAUCAAGCUACAGAGAGCAACUAACCACACAAAAUACCGCGAUGUCAUAUUGAAUGGAAUCCAGAUUUUAAAAGAAAGUGACUACAACGACAAUCUCGCAGGAUCAAUAACAAAAUCCAUUGAUCAGGAAUUUUCAACCCAAUCACCAAAAAAAAUUAAGAUCACCAUAGCGAUUGUUGCGACGAUUGUAGUUUCCAGCCUCUUGCUAGCAAUGAUCGUAGGCAACACAUUUUUUUGGCUAAGGAAAAAGCUUCAUAUUGUCAUGAAAGAUAGCUCAUCAAAGACAAAGAACAAAGGGUCGUCAUCUUUGCCACCACAUUUGUGUCGCUCCUUCACAAUCGCAGAGAUCAAAGCAGCCACAAAUAACUUCGAUGAUGUUUUCAUCAUCGGUGUUGGAGGAUUUGGCAACGUGUACAAAGGUUGCAUCGAUGGAUCCAUGCCUGUUGCGAUAAAACGCCUCAAAUCUGGCUCUCAACAAGGUGCCAACGAGUUCAUGAAUGAGAUCGAGUUACUCUCCCAGCUUCGCCACAUUCACUUGGUAUCCCUCGUGGGAUAUUGCAAUGAUGACACAGAAAUGAUUUUGGUUUAUGAGUUCAUGCAACACGGUACUCUGUGUGAGUAUCUUUAUGGUUCUAAUAACCAGCCCUUACCGUGGAAGAAGAGGCUUGAGAUUCUAUUGGGUUCCGCGAGAGGGCUGAAUUAUCUUCAUGCAGAGGUGAAACACAAGAUAAUACACCGUGACGUGAAGAGCACCAACAUAUUGUUGGAUGAGAAAUGGGUGGCUAAGGUUUCUGAUUUUGGAUUAUCGAAAGUGGGACCGACAAGGAUGUCUACAACCCAUGUUAGCACGAUGGUGAAGGGUAGCCUAGGGUAUUUGGAUCCAGAAUAUUAUAUGCUCCAAAGGCUAACUCUAAAAUCUGAUGUGUACUCAUUCGGUGUGGUGCUUCUUGAGGUGUUGUGUGCUAGACCACCUUUGGUUCGUGAUUUGGAUAAGAAUACAGCAAGUCUAGUUUGUUGGUUUAAAAAAUGCUACGAUGAAGGUGUGGCAAUUGAACAAAUAGUGGAUCCAUUCCUAAGGGGUUCUAUCACAGAGGAGUGCUUGAAAUAUUAUUGCAAGCUGGCGUUGAGUUGUGUGCAUGAUGAUGGGACUCAACGUCCAUCAAUGAGUCAAGUUGUUAUAGGUUUGGAGUAUGCGUUGCAAAUGGAGGUGAGUGAAGAAGGUAGCCAACAAUUCUCGCAGUUUAUGAGUGAUCAAGAGUGUGACCAACAUUUCGAAAGAUCCCACACCUACAAGGAGAGCACAGCCUCAGCGAGGGCAAGUACUCAAGAACAUUUUUUCUCGAAUAUUGUGAAUCCAAGACCACGAUCAUAUUCAUGUCAAAACCUCAAAGUUUACAUUUAGCAAUUAAUAUGGAACAACACUUUAUAUAUGUAUAGCGUAAACAUGUAAUAUCAAAACUAAAUAAUUUUAGCACUUAGCAAAAAGAUGUUGUUUGAUCA